CGGCAGUGGCGGCCCUCGGGGCUGGGUUGUCAGUCAGUGAGCUGAGGGGGAAGAUGGCUCGCCGGGACCCGUUCUGCUAGGAAGAAGGGGGGCAGGUGGUGCUGCUGCUCGGGAGAAAGCAGAGCAGCCGCCGUCGCUGUCGCUGCGAGCCGGGCAAGUCGAGGCUCUGGAGGUGGGGUUCGGAGAGCCACUCUGGUUGAAGGUUUAGAACAGAUGUGGAAAGAUGUUCACUUCAGAGAAAGGGGUUGUGGAGGAGUGGUUGUCUGAGUUUAAGACACUACCGGAAACAUCUUUAUCAAAUUAUGCCACAAAUUUGAAAGACAAGAAUUCUUUAGUUUCUUCUCUCUAUAAAGUUAUCCAGGAGCCUCAAAGUGAGUUGCUAGAACCUGUCUGUCACCAGCUCUUUGAGUUCUAUCGCAGUGGAGAGGAGCAGUUACUUCGAUUUACGCUGCAGUUUCUCCCAGAACUGAUUUGGUGCUACCUUGCCGUCUCAGCCAGCAGAAAUGUUCAUAGCAGUGGAUGCAUUGAAGCUCUUCUUCUAGGGGUUUAUAAUUUGGAAAUAGUUGACAAACAGGGACAUAGCAAAGUAUUGUGCUUUACAAUUCCAUCUUUAUCCAAACCAUCUGUAUAUCAUGAACCUUCCAGCAUUGGGUCCAUGGCUCUGACGGAGAGUGCACUAUCCCAGCAUGGUUUAUCAAAGGUCGUGUACAGUGGACCUCACCCCCAAAGAGAGAUGCUGACAGCACAGAAUAGGUUUGAAGUGUUGACAUUCCUUUUGUUGUGUUACAAUGCUGCCUUAACCUAUAUGCCCAGUGUUUCUCUUCAAUCGCUGUGUCAAAUUUGUUCAAGGAUCUGUGUUUGUGGAUACCCUCGACAGCAUAUAAGAAAAUACAAAGGUAUAAAUAGUAGGAUUCCAGUUUCUUCAGGAUUCAUGGUGCAAAUGUUAACGGGGAUUUAUUUUGCUUUUUAUAAUGGAGAAUGGGAUCUAGCUCAAAAAGCAUUGGAUGAUAUCAUAUAUAGAGCUCAGCUAGAAUUAUAUCCAGAGCCAUUACUGGUUGCUAAUGCAAUAAAGGCUUCAUUGCCUCAUGGUGCCAUGAAAUCUAGUAAGGAGGGUACAAGGUGCAUUCAAGUUGAAAUCACACCAACUGCCUCUAGAAUUUCAAGAAAUGCAGUAACCAGCAUGUCAAUAAGAGGUCAUAGGUGGAAAAGACACGGAAAUGCAGAAUUAACAGGUCAAGAAGAACUGAUGGAGAUAUCUGAAGUUGACGAGGGAUUUUAUUCCAGGGCUGCGUCUAGUACCAGCCAGUCUGGUUUAUCAAACAGUAGUCACAAUUCUAGUAACAAGACAAGUGUAGGAAAGACUCAGAGACGUUCAGGAGGAAGCAAAAUUGGAGGAAAAGAAAAAGAAACUUCAGGGGAAUUUUGCAAAGAUCAUUUUGGUCGAAAACAAACCCAAAGAGCCCAAAGUGAGAAUCUUGAGCUUCUCUCUUUGAAGAGACUUACAUUAACAACCAGCCAGUCCCUUCCUAAGCCUAGUAGCCAUGGUUUGGCUAAGACCGCUGCAACCGUAUUUAGUAAAUCCUUUGAACAAGUCAGUGGUGUCACAGUCCCACAUAACCCAUCACCUGCUAUUGGCUGUGGGACUGGGACAGAUGCCAACAGGUUUUCCGCUUGUAGUCUCCAAGAAGAAAAGCUUAUUUAUGUUUCUGAAAGGACUGAACUUCCAAUGAAGCAUCAAUCAGGUCAGCAGAGACCUCCUAGUAUUAGCAUUACCCUGUCCACAGAUUAAUUUGUAAUAGUUCUCUCACCUAACUGGUGAAUCCGGGAAUACGACUUUGCUUCUUUAUGAAAGUGUGCAGGGUCUUGCAUUCCUGUUCCUGACAGGAGCCCUGUGUCUUAAAUUCUGAAGCCUACGUUGACUUUAUGAAGGGAGUAAUCUCUAGGUUGCAGUUAGUUGACAUAAUGUUUUGUUAUUUCGUGGUUGUUUUUUCUCCCUUGAUUUGAGUCUUUUUUUCUUAUUUGUUGCUCUUGCCCUAAGAUUGUCAGAGUGAAAAUACAUUUUGGCAGGUUCCCUGAUCAGACUGGUGACAUCUCAUGUGAGGUUGUGAGGUGGGUUUGUGUGUGUGUGUGUGUGUUUAAUAACUCCUAUUUUGGUAGCUGUAGGUUUGCCCUACAGCAGGGAAUCUGUAAAAGGGAAUCUCCAUGUAUGGGAACUAUUUUUUAAAGGAUGAGGCAGAGGUACAAUUCCAGGAAUUCUAAGCUGGCUGUUCAGCAAGUCAGUCUGAAAAACAGGCUAGCGGAAAAAACAAAAAUGAUGUGUAUGAAAAGUGCUUGUUAAUAAUGUUUGUAGCCGGAUCAUCUUUAAGAUUAAAACAGUGUAUAUAAGGUGCUGGAAAAUGCCUGUUAACUCAGUAGCUAGACUGUUUGAUGAUUUCAGGGGAUGGGUAGAGGAUGUUAACUUUGGAACAUUUUUAUAUCAAAAAUCAAAAACUGCAAGUAGGUUUGUUGUUUCAAAGUGUUUGAUCUGGAUUUAGCAAGUAAAAAUUCUUUCACUUCCUAAGAUGUAGUAGGCCAUACAGUUAACUUAUUCUGCUGCUGGACUUCGAAAAUCCUAGUUAAUCUGGAUUCCUAUAAUUCAGAGCACAUGUCAUUGAAGACUUCCUGGAAAUCACUGUAAAUCUUGCAACAUAACUUUCAAGAUGCCAGAAACAACUAUGUACUAUUGAAUUGUUUGUCUGCAAAUGAAGGAAAUUAGGUAAAUUUUUCAUCUUUAAAAUGUCAUGAAAGAAAAUAAAAACUUGAUAUAUGGACAAAGGGCAUUUAUAUAUUAACUAAUUUUGGUUACUUAUGUUCAAGUUCUUUAAUUUGAAAUUAUAAAAUAUGAAAAGAAUGAAUGGGUUUCUUUGUGAACAGGUCUAUUUCAAAAGAAAUUAUUAUAAUAGAAAUAAUAAUCAAUGUAGUUGUCCCCACCCAAAAAAUAAAAAUAAAAAAAGGCAAUCUGGCUUAAAAAAAAUCUGUAGCUAUAGGAAACUGUGACCUAGAUAGAUGUGAAAGUUUGGUGAUUGUUGUUGGUGGUCAUUUCAGCCAUGAUUGAGGUUUCUGGUAAAUCAAGUAUACUUUAAGUAUACUUAAGUAAUAAUCCAACGUACAAGGGAGAAUGUAGGGCUGAGGAGGAGAGUAAGUUGACUGGGGAGGAAGGCUUAGGGAACCAUCUCCCUGCUCUCUUUCAUUAUUUGUACACAUUGGUUUUCUUAUUCCUAGUCCCUAGCUGUGGUCACACAGAAUUUGCUAAUUUCCUCUUGUACAGGUUAUGCAGAGGUCAAGUAUAUGAAAAGUUUGUUUGUCUUGAAGAGUGCCAAAGCACUUGACUAUGAAUGCAGUUUUUACCAUAACUACUUUGGCUAUCCUUUUAAAUCAAAUAUUCCAAAAAGUCUGAACUGUUUUCAUUCAUGAACCCUGAAUAUAAUUUUUAACAUAUAUUAAUUUGAUUAUUUUACUUUCAGUAAUACAAAUAUAAGAUUAAUUGACAUAAAUUUAGUAAAAAAAAAAAAUCCAAACACUUAAGGCAAACAGAAAAUGAAAAUUGAUAUUGUUUUUACUUAAUAGGUAUCCUCUGUACAGUUUAAAAUAAUUGUAAAAUGCCACUGUGAAUUUCAUGUGAUUCUUUUGUAAUUUUUUAAAAGAAUUUCUCCACAGCUCCUAACAGCGUUAAUAGUCUUAAGAACUAAUUUAAAAGACUGGCAUUUUAAGCAAAUUAAGGUGAUUAAGAAAUCUUGUAGAAUUAUUUUGAGGAAACAUUAUCUGGAACAAAAGAAAGAUCAGAUUUUAAUAUUCAGCCACUAUUAUGGAACCUCAUUUUGGUAUUACUCUAGAUCUUUGCUAUUUGUGUGGUCUGAGGACGAGCAAGUAGCAUUGGCAUCACCUGGCAUCUUGUUAAAAAUGCAGAGUAUCCUGGAGCUACUGAAUUAGAUUCUAUUUUUUUUUUAUUGAGGAUUAUGGUAAGUGAAAUAGACUCUGCACUUUUACAAGAUCUUAAAGUGAUUUUUAUACAUGUUAAAGUUUUAGAAGAGAGUAUCAAACUGCAAAGCAAAUCACUUAUCUCAUAUUUAGAGUUCUCAGUGCUCUCACAUCCCAAGAUCAAAUAUUUUAGCUAACUAGAUCAAUAUAGUUUUGUUUUUUGCAGGUAAUUAAUUUUUAAUAACAUUAACACCUGGCCUCAUAAGUUCUCUAAUUUAAAAAUAUUAAUGAUUCUCAUCUACUUUUACAAUAAAGAUGUAACAUUUUGUAUUUUAUUAUAAUCAUAAUGCAUCAGGGCAGUAGAUACCUACUUUUAAGUAUAAACGGGUUAUCAUCCUCUUAUAGAAUGCACAAAAAAAACUACAUGUGUAAUUAUUAAAAAUCUCUGAAGGUUUACUCAGAACCAGUGGAGUGGUUCUGAACUUUUGCUCCAAGUAAUAAGCACCAGUUAAUUUUCUGGAGUGUGGAGUUAUGUUGACAGUAAAAUUCUUUUUAUAUGACCUUUGAUACUAUUUCAAAUGAGGGUUAUACAUUUGAAAAAAAUUUAUAGCAAUUUUAAAUAUUGGAUUAUGCUAUGUUAACAAUUGUUAUUAUCCCUGUUACUCUCUUCCUACUCACCUUUCUAAAUUUGAAAGUUUGAAUGACUUUUGUAAGUCAAAUUUCCAUGAAAAUGUUGAAUUGACCAUUUGGUCACUGAUCUUUUGUAUAUCUAGAAUAAUAGCUUUUAUCACAAGAAUGAUUCUGUACAAAUUUUGGGCCUUGUACCCCAUGACCCAGAGGAUCUGAGCAGAUCCAUUCCAUAUUUUAAACCUCUAAUGAUUUUUGUAAUUACCCAACCUCUCACUCUUGAAGUACCAACUACCUGGGGUUUACUAGUGAAACAGGGACUCAGAAUUUGCCUUUUAAAUUACAAGUAGGGUGAGAAACAAAGUAGACUAGACAAGUGAGCAAACUGAAAUCCCCUGUACACCACUGUGGAACUGUUUUAAGGCAGCUCUGUAGACUUGAAAGUAGAAAUUUUCAGUUCUUAAGUGAUGAAUGACAAAAUUGAUUUGAAAUUUUCAUUGCUCAUUUCAAUAAUGAAGCAACUACUCAAUGAACAUUAUUCAUUUAAAAAUAAAAGUUGAGUUAAAGAAAAAUAUAUUUUAAACCAAAAUAGAUAAAAAUGAUCCCAGUUUUAAGGGAGUUUGGCUAUUUUGGAACAACAAAAUUAAUGUGUGAAAGCUUAAAUUAUAAAGAAAAAUGUGCUCUGAGACCAUAAUUUUAACCAAAUAUCUAUAAUAUGGCUGUUUAACGUGAAUCUUUAGGAACAAUAAAUCUAUACUUUAUCAAAGGGAAGCACAUCAAGGAAAUAUAUAUAUUAAAUAAUGUUACUGAAAAAUUAUUUUUUUAAAAACCAUUUAAAGGAAGGAUAAUUUGAUGAGUACUUAAAUUAAGCACUGUAGAUAGAAAUCAGUGUAUCAUAAUAUCUUCCCAGGUUUUGGAUGAAAAAAACUCUCUACUCCUUUAAUUAGCAUGAAAUUGUACUUUUAGAUUUGUUUCUUUGUAAAAGUGUACUGAAUACUUUGAGUUAGUCACAUUAGUGUUUAAUAUUAUUAAAUUCUUCAUCAGUGAGCAUAAAUUUGUUUUAUUCUGUGUUUUGUAACUUGUGCAUGUCUAGAGAGACUAGCAGUGAACAUUUUGGAAAUUUUUUUUUUUUGAUAGUAGAGUUCUAGAGUACCAGUCUUGAUAAGAAGAUUCUACUAGUACACACAAGAUGCUGUUUCACAUACUGUUCCUUUCUCAUGUGAAGUUUAUUGUGUAUCUCUUCUCUUCUAAUUAUGUAGUGAUACUAAUCAUAGUAAAUAUGCUUAAUUCUAAUUGAAUUCCUAGAGUUUACAUUCCUAAAGAACAAACUAUGACUUUGGAUAUUUUUAUGUGUUCUCUACAUUUUUAAGGCUGUGGAAAUAAACUGGAGUUUAGUUUUUUGAAGUUUUGUAUAUUUGUGUAAAUGUUCUCCAUAUGCAAUACUUUAUACAGCAGUGUUGCCCUUUGUUUUAUUGAAAUAAAAACUGAAAAAAUGUUU